AUGGUGCGCAAGGUGACGGCUCGCGGCCCCCGCAAGGGCGGCAACAAGGCGAACAUCUGGGCCUACUCGGCGCCGGUCGAGAAGCCCCUGGCGGAGCUGAAGGGCAAGUGGUACCCCGCGGAGGACAAGGCUGUCGAGAAGCCCGCCGCCGCCCCCCAGAAGCCAGCGAAGCUCAGGGCCUCCAUCACCCCGGGCACCGUGCUCAUUCUCCUGGCGGGCCGCUUCAAGGGCAAGCGCGUCGUGUUCCUGAAGCAGCUGGAGUCGGGUCUGCUCCUGGUCACGGGCCCUUACAAGUUCAACGGCGUGCCCCUGCGGCGCGUGAACCAGGCCUACGUGAUCGCCACGAGCAAGAAGGUGUCGCUCUCGGGCGUGGACUGCGGCAAGGUGAAGGACGACUUCUUCAAGCGGCCCGUCGUCAAGACCAAGCCGGGCGAGAAGGAGUUCUUCAGCGGCGCGCCGGAGAAGAAGGCCGUGCCGUCGGCGGUGGUGGCGAUGCAGAAGGCGGUGGACGACAAGCUGGUGGCGUCGCUCGCCAAGGACAAGGACGUCAAGUCGUACCUCGCCACGCGGUUCUCGCUCCGGUCCGGGGACAGGCCGCACCUCAUGAAGUUCUAA